AUGCCGCUUUCCGCGUUCGUCCUCCGGAGACUUACCGGGUACGCGCCCAAGACGACCGUCGACAUUUGCGUUUACCCGCAUCUACAGGACCUCGUUUUAGCGGACCCUGAUCCGACUUUAGAUCUCCCAGUAGAUCUCUUAAUCGGGGCCGAUCGUUACGGUGAUGUGAUCGGUCCCGGCCUGCGCCACGGAGCAACCGGCCAGCCAAUCGCGCAGAAUAUCGUAUUCGGUUGGGUCGUAUCGGGCGCCGCGUUGAAACCCGCCAACGAUCCCGAUCCCUCCGUGGCGUCCCUGCACUGUCACACGGAGAAGUUGGAGCAGCAAUUGCGAUUGUUCUGGGAGCUCGAGGAGGCGAGUCCCAAGUCUGUCAUUUCCCCUGACGAGUCGAGGUGCACGGAACAUUUCGUCAAAACCGUCUCACGGCGGGCGGACGGACGGCUUGC